AGGAAAUGAAACCGACUAGCCCUUGUCCUGCUAUUUUUAUUUUAUUUUUAAAUAUAUAAUAUAGAGUUAUAAAUUAGAACUGACUGGCUUCUGAUGAUACAAGUAGAUAUAAUUCUAUUAUUCUUAUUCUUUUAAAUUUUAGGCCUAUAAUAAUAAAAAGCCUAUUUACAAGACUAUACUAUAAUAAUAAUAAUAUAAUAUAUAUUAUUAUUAUAUAUUACUAUUACUAUUUAGUAUUACUAACUAUAUUUACUAUUUUUAGUAUUUACUAUUACUAUUUAUUUACUAUUUGCCUAUCUGAUUAUUCAUUUUUCUGAUCUAAGACUAAGAUCUAUCCUCCUAUAUUUAAUUUUAUUAUUCCUAAAUUAAUAAUAAUCAUUAUCUGCUUUCAUUUGUAUUUUUUCUCGGAAAUUUAGCAUCAUUAAACUCUAAACCUCUUAGUAUAACACACUUGAACUGAACCAUUAGACAGAUAUUUAAAAAAUAAAAAUCUUUUGUAAAUUACUAACUGCUGUUUUAGCUUAAAACAGAGAGAAACGGAAAUAGUAACCAAGUGUUAAAAUUUAAUGAAAUAAAUUUCAGACGAUAUAUUAAUUACAUGGCAACGUAGCAAAUUUAUUGUAUCCCUCUACCUCUAUGCAGCAAGAAGUGUCAAUGACCUGCAGUCGCUCCUUUUCCUGGUGUAAUUUCAGCUGGUACAUUAAUUUUGUUGCGAACUUAGCAAUUUUUUGCCCUUUCCUCGCCUCAACUAGAACAUGUGUGAUGUGGCUAUUGCAGGUGCCACCAAAAAGAAAAUCCAAAAGUUGUCAGAAAAUCAAUACAAUACAAUAUUAUACCCAUUUUCCAAAAUGAAGGCAAAUUUUAAUACUAUAAUUAACCACCUGCCACCCAAUGAAAUUAUAAUUCAAAACAUUUCAUCAAUGUAUUAAUAUUUUUGAAAAAAGAAAAGUUAACCCUAGUAGCAAUCUAAGAAUAAACAAAAGGAUGAGAAUCUUAAACAGAAAUUCAAAGUGGCACGGAUUGCUUAAAUUGACCAAAUCUUUUAAUGUCAAGUAGUAGUGAAAUAUAAUUUCUAAAUUUAUGUAAAUUUAAAUGAUCUAAUGAAGAUUCUAUCAUUAUUUUGUUUUCAGACUUCACCAUGGCCAAAUCCAAUGGGUUAACACAUAUUUUGGCAGAACUGUCACCGUUAGAUGAAUUGAGUGUGCUCACUGCUAGAUCAGCAAGAUUAAAGGUUUUUUAAAGUUAUUACUGUAGUGUAGGUCUAAUUAAAAGUAAAAGUGUUCUUUACUGCUCUCACUUUUGAACAGUAUCGUAAUUCAGCAUUUCUCAACCUUUUUUAACACAAACUUUUGUUAUUAAUAUGAAAAUACUUCUCUUUUUAAAUAAAGUCCUUUUUACUAGUCCAGGCGUUGAAAAGUACAACAAAGAAAACACAGAACACUAACGAAUGGUCAAGGAACUCCUCAGCAACAGUUAUAGAUAAAAGAUGUAUUGAUGAAUAUAAUAUAAUAUAACCAAUUCAGUAAAGUUUAUUUCCUAACUCUAACACUUGACUAAUGGUCUAUCACUGGUUCUAUCCUUGACUACCAGUACUGCUGCAUCUACCACUUCAUAAUGACCGCCCAUCAUCAUCAUGUCCCUUAGUCCUUGGACCGUUGGGGCACCACAGAUGACAUGUGAACUAUCCUCAAAGAGUUCUAUCUUAUAUACAAUUCUUAUAUACAAUUCUCUACCACCCUAGGUGGUCCAGGAAUGCUAUCUAUUAAAUAUUAACCCAUCACUACACCAUCAUUUCCGGUUAAUUAGGAACUUUUGGAAUACCAAAAUUAUCAUGAGAAGUCUAGAAGGGUGGAGGCACAAUAUUUUGGAAAGAAAUAUCCCCCCAAUCUCAAAGAUGCGAGAAUAUAUUAACCUUACCACAUCCACCUAACAAUUCCCUCCCCAAAAUCAAGCAAUUUCCGUCCACCUUAUAAAUUAUCUGAAGAACAAUGGGGCUCUGUCGUCAACCCCCGCCCCAGUCAUUUGUGACAGUGGCACCCUGGGAGGCCAUAUGGCUCAUGUCAAGAAAUUUUGCCAUAAUUCAUACUUCUGAAAUAGUGAGAUACCUCAUUUCAUUGAUGUUAUCUCCCAUCUCUUAAAAUGUUAGUAAUUUAGUUUAAUAAUUUUCUUACUUUAACUCAAUGAAUAUGUCCCAGGUGGGUGACAUUCCAGAAAAUGCUUUUGAUUCCAAUUACUACUCUUAUUUUUUAAAAUAAAAUAAAUAGUAAGUUUAGGCAUUAAAAAAGAGGAAAUAUAUUCAGAUCAUCAAUCAUCAAAUUUUUAUUUUAAUGUGUUUUUUGAAAUUUGCUUGGAAUGGUUUAAAAAAGGCAUAUCAGCUUUAUCCAUUAGAAACAUCUAUCACAUUUAAAUAUACUAUUUUCAUGUUGUCUCUGUAGAUUGUAUUGAAAAUUUCUAAAAUAUUACCUCACUAAUACUUUUUUUAAAUUUUCCUUUCUACAGUAUACCUGUUUAUCAGUAUCUAGAAAAUAUAUUGCCCUGGGUUCAAACACUGGUGGUGUGUACAUCUUUAGCAGGGACACUUUGAAAUACCUUCAAGUGGUCUUUGCAGACACCGUAAGUCUUUAGAAGUUGUUACCUCUUUCCCAUUUCAGGCAAGAGACAAAUUUUGAGAAAUAAAUGCUAGCCUCAUCAAUUAAUUUGUUUUUAAUGAAGCCUCACCCCUACCUAAGCAUCUUUUAUAAAUAUAUUUGAUUUUCCUGUUAUAGCUAUUGUAAACAAUUAGAAAUUUAAAACACAAUGUAAAUAUUUUAUCCUUUCAACAAUUAUUGACACCAUAAGCAAUGUUCCCGCUGUAAUUAUCAAGUACAUUUUAUAUAUUAGCUUACUGGUUAAUAAAUAAAACAGUUUUGCCAGAAUUAUGUUUGAAGCUUUUUCAAACAUUUUCAAUUACAUUGCUGAAUUAAUUUCAAUUAGGAGGCGAAUCCAGUUGUAUGUGUCAGUUUGCCAUCAUCUGAUCAGCAUGUGGGUGUUGCAUUAAGGUAUGGGAGUUCUUAACAAUUAAUUUUAAUUUAUAUUUUUUUCUUACUUCUUGGCCAUGAUUUCAAAAUCAUUAGAGAUUUCUUUCUUAAAAUUAUUUUUUACAACUUUCCAAAAUAAUUCAUAAGUGUCUUUAUAGAAAAUGGUUUACUUUAGAGUCGUUUUGGACUUUGUCUCAAAUAGACUGGCUUGGUCUAUGGGAGAAUAGACUGGCUUGGUCUAUGGGAGAAUAGACUGGCUUGGUCUAUGGGAGAAUAGACUGGCUUGGUCUAUGGGAGAAUAGACUGGCUUGGUCUAUGGGAGAAUUUCUGGUACAUGGUCAUCCACCAAAAAAUUGAACAAACCAGAAGUUAUGCCCCAAACAUUUAUUAUUGCAAUAAUAAAUAAUGCCUCAAUGUUCAAUGAUCAUAAAACCUCCAAAACCACAGACUUACCGUUUGUUGGGUACUGUUAUCAGUAUGGAGAAAUUAAUCUCUUAUUUAAGUAUAUGGCUUGUUCUAAAACAGUACACAAGAAAAGAUAAUACCACAUGUUAAAAACAAUACGAUACUCAAACCAGGGCUAAUUGCAAUUAAUAAAUUUUAUUAUGUUAAUAAUAAAUUACAAAAUCAAAAAGAAAUAUAAUUAAAGCUAUUGACUUAGAGUAUAAUGAUUGGCUUGUACCAGUACAAUGUUGAAGAAGAUACAAUGUUGUAAAAAGGUACAAUGGUGAAAAGGAAUCCACAUAUACAAACACAAUAAACAAAUCUCUGUCUCGUAGCAAACAUAGCACAUGCUCAAAAUAUCUCUCGUCUGAUCUUCCACUAAAUCUCACUAGGCGUUUAUAUAGCCUGUUUCAUAGAUACUUCUAGAUGAAACUACGCAUUGUAUUCUCUUUUUGAUAAAUUAACAUAAUUCUACAUAAUUCUAAUAAUAAUACAGACCAUAGAUUUUAGUUGGUUGUAACUGAGGUCAAGGGAGACUAUAUUUAGUUAGCCACACCCUAACAGCGCUGCAGAACUUAGGGUCAGCUUAAGUUCAUUCACCAGGAAAGAUGAAUGAAAGUAAGCGAGACACCUAUAACACUGCUGAUACAAUGAAGUUAUACACUAUAUAUAUAUAUAUAUAUAUAUAUAUAUAUAUAUAUAGUUACGCACUGGCUUCUAAUAUGAGAAAUUAAUCACCUAUUUUAAUUUUAUUGGCACUGAGACUGUUACUUCUUGUGCAAACUCUGGUGAAACGAGACCACCAAACUCAACUAAAUCUGACAAGCCUUUUCCAGAUUUUUCAUUGGUGAUUACUCAUUCAAUUAUUGUCUUUCAUACAGCACUGGUCUUGUAGCAGUAUUUGAACUCAACAUUGAUAAAAGAAUAAAGCCAGAGCGCAUCAGAAGUUCCCAAGAUCAUUCAGGGCAUUUGGUCAGCUCAAUCACAUGGGACUCAGCCUGUUCUAAAAUGUUUGUUGGGGACAAUACUGGCAAACUUUCCAUCAUUUUUGUGCCUUCCGUUAAGGUGAUUAAAACAGACAUCAUGACAGAAUAGUAUUUCACUAAAAUUAAUCUUUUUUUUUUUAUAAUAAAGUCUGGUGAAGACAAGGCCUGCCUCAGUAAGAAUGUAAGACUGUUGAAAAAAAUAAUUGUUUCAAUUUUGUCAUUUAACAUAUCUCGGCUAAAUUAAAUGGAAUAUUUUACUUUUGCUCUUUCAAAUCUGUAUCUCAUGAAUUGAUAUUAUUUCAGGGUAAGACAUUGUUUGCAGGACCAUCUGAAGUCAUUGCUUACCUCAGUUCAGCCAUUUGCCAGAUGGAAUGGUGGAAAGACAAACUGCUUGUGUCAACAGCAACACACACUCACCUAUUUGACACACUGAAGUAAACAUUUUAGUCAACAGAUUAUUUUAGCUAUUCACAAACAACAAGGAAUUUACUGAUUAUGCAAAUUCUAUACAUGCUGGCCUGUGGAAUCAAAAUCUGGUCAAAGUAAAACAAAAACAACAACACCAGGGAAAAACAGUCCAGAAGAAAAUGACAAUUUUGAAAAAAUACUUUUUUUUAUUAUUUAAUUAUCAAAGAGAUUCUUAAAUAUGGUUUACUCCUCAGAGUAGUUACUGCAUUACAAUGCUGUAGUAUUAACUAAUCAUAUCAAUUAAACCUCUCUCAAUUUAUAAAUUUAGAUGGCCUACCAAUCCCAGACUUUUGGCCUAAUAUAAUUUUGAAUUGACCAAUAGGAUUUAAGAUUCCUUUUGAAUUGAUUGCAUCAUCAGUUGUAAACAUGUUUUUGAGAGCAAAAAAAGUUAUCUCUAAAACCAGUGAAAAACCAUACACAAUCCUGUAUAAAACCAUACAACCUGUAACACUUAAAAUCAUACAAAGUACAGGUAACCAUAAAGAUUGGCAUGUAUGCUAUCCUAAUCCAUACUAUGGGCCUAGCUACCACUGAAAAAUCAUAUACAGGCUAGCAUUUUAAAAAAAAUGAUUAUUUGAAUUUGAAAUUUCUUUUAGCAAUACACUUUAAAAUUUGUCAAAAAUUUGAAUACAAAACUUAAUAAGAUGCAAUAUUUUCUAUAUUUUUUACUUUUAUUUACCCAUUACUAUCUAAAAUUUUGAAAUAUUUUUAUGAUUUUAUUUCUUUUUUAAAUUACAGGCAUAACUAUAGCACUAUUGGGACAAAAUCAAGGCAAGAACUCUUUUUCUUAAAUAAUUUUUUUCUUAUUUAAAUUUGAUGAAAAAUAAAUUUGAGCAUAAUCGUUUUCCAUAAAGGUUAUAAAAAAUUUUCACUGCUGUGAAAUGGUCUUAGCCAUCUUGAGAUGGCUGAGCCAAUCUAUCGGCCCAGAGUUUGAUUGGCCCAGAGUGUUAUGUCAAAAAAAACAACAAAAGGCAGAUCCAUUAGCUCAAUAAUAAAAACCUAGAGAUUAGCUGGCUGGUCUUUGUUCCAGCUAAUCAGAUUGCUUCUAUCAUUUCUUGCUUAUCUCACCAUUUUAAUGGAAGCUUCCAUGGUGUUCUGUAAUUUUAAAACUAAUUUUUUUGUAGCAAGUGACCCCUAAAUAUUUUAAGCAGUUUUUCACACUGAUUCUCAUUCAAUUAUGGGUUAGGACUUAUUUAGGCUUCAACAAUCGUAAUAAAAUUUAACAAAGUUCUGCAAUUAAGAAAUGUUUAUUCCAAGUGUAAAAAAAAAGUUGCAUGCAUAAAUUAUGCAAAUCAGGAUAUAUCAUUUGCAAAAAUGUUGAGAUUUCAGUUUGAUUUAUAAAGAUCAUAUUAGUUCAUUCAAUUCCCUACAAGAAUAUAUGUAGUUUUAUAUUUGUAAACUAAUUCAUUUUUAUUUUAAAAAUUUUGCAAAGUAAGUGCAUGCCUGUGUAAACAGCUCUGUCAGACAGUCCCUAAAGGCUUAGUCUCAUUGGUUAAUUAUAUCCUCUUGUUGAACCCUCUCCAUUUUGUAUGUAAACUUUAAUGUAAUCUAAAGACAAUGCUUGUAUUUGAAAAUAGAAAUAAACACAGUUUUACCCUUAGUUAUCAGAAAGAGGCAAAUGGAGUCUUGGAACAAUCUUUAGGUCAAGGUCAUUGAUAGAUAGGCUCCAUGAGCUCUAAACAUUUCCUAAUAACCUAAUUUUUAGUGAUAGAUUUUCAAAUUAUUAUAUUAUUAUUAUUUAUUCACACAGAGAUGGAGAAUUCGGAGCAUGUUAUUUCCUAGAACCCAGCUCUCAAGUUCCUGUUGUCUAUUGUGCCAGACCUGGAUCACGAAUGUGGGAGGUAGAACAUUAUAAUGGCUAAGAAAUUUCUUAUAACUUAUUUUUAAAAUUGUUAAAUAUUUUUCUGUUGAAGUAAUAUUUUAUGAAAAUGCUUAUCUCUCUAACAGUGUCACUAAUGCAACCAGACGGUCCUGAUUUCACUAAAUAAAAUUCCAAAUAACUGCGCUAAAUAAGAUUCUUAAAAAUACCCUGAGUGUGUUUGGUGCAUAAUAUUUUCUUUUGUUUUACUGACAUAGUUGGUGUCAUAAAUCUGUGGUGUAAAAGUGGGUGGGGCAUUAGAAUGUUAAUGGGGGGGGGGGGCUUUAAUUGGGAAUAGUAUAAAGUAUGUUACUUGAAUGCAUCUUUUAUCACAUAACUUUAAUAGAUGGAAAGUUCAUUGUUUGGCAGGCUCUAGCUAGGAUUGUCCUAUUUGUUCAUAUGUUUUAGAGUCAGUAAUUGAACGUUUCUGAUAUAUUCUAAAAAUAUAUAGGCCUAUUAUUUAAAAAAUAAAUAUUAAAAUAUUGUUAUUCUAAUUUUCCAGAAAAAUAGACUGUAUAAAGAAAAUUAUAUAAAUGAAUGAAUGUUAUUCAUAAAAUUUUGAAGUAAAGCAAACAAAAUUUUUUUUUUAAAAAGAAUAACUAGACAAAAUUGAACAGCUUAACAUUAUAUAUUUAAGAUUUUCAUUUUACUUUCUUUUUUUUUCAGGUAGAUUUUGAGGGGAAAGUUUUGAACACACACCAGUUUAAGCAGCUUUUAGCCACACCAUCAGUUCCAGUCAUUAAACUUUGGUAGGUACAUAUCUCAAUGUUCUAUUUGUAAGCAGCUUUUAGCCACACAAUCAGUUCCAGUCAUUCAACUUUGGUAGGUACAUAUCUCAAUGUUCUAUUUGUAAGCAGCUUUUAGUAGGGGUGUGCCGGAUCCGUUUUUUCCAACCGGAUCCGGAUUUUCUUAUGCGAAAUCCGCCGGAUCCGGAUUCCGGUUUCUCCCGUAUUCCGGAUUUUGGUACUAUUGGUAGAUACUUCGGUAAGUCAAGGUGGACUACUACUUUUUGUGUAUGGGAAUUCGCAAUCGGCGCCAAAAAAUCCGAGUUUUUAAUUUUCCGAUGUGUGUGUCUAUUUAUUAUUAAAUUAGUACUUUCGAUAUAUAUUUGAGUUCCGUUCCAUUUGGAUAAGUGUCUUACGAGAGACGCCAUGUUUCUACGCGUUCGCAGCAGGUUAUGCAGCUCGCUCAACCUAAUUUCGCCAUGGGGUUGGCCACGCCCCCCUUUUUAAUGGCGGAAGUUGACGAUACUUAGGAAAUAUUAAUUUAUUAUCACUAUUUACAUCAAAAUAAUUGAUAACUUGUGUUUCAGAAUGCAUUUAAAGACAUUUAAACUGGAAUGUUUUAAUUUGAGCUUUAACAACCCGGUAGAAUCCAUAUUAUAAAUGAUCAGAAUUUACCGUGUGCAACACGUUGUCAUUGGCAACCAUUCACAGCCACUUGCAUAACUGUAUCGUAGUACUACCUCAGAGUUUCAUUCAUAAGAGUUUGCCGUGUGCAAAAACUAUUAAACCAUUGGUCAGGGAAAGCUUUAAUUAAUUAUUCAUGUGCCAAAGUUGAAAGUUUAAACUAAGUCUAAACAGUAUUUUAGUGAUAAGGCAGGGAAUGCGUUGCCUUAUAUAAACUAUAUAGUCAUUGCGCAUGACGGGAUUGGUGGAAUGAGAUCACAGAAUGUGGAGAUGCAGUCCAUGUUAAAAAAUGACAAACCAAGUCGUACUUUAAAAAUUCAUAACUUUAAAACUACAACUGCUAAAAAUAUGAUUUUGGUGUUAUAAUUCUUAAAAAAAUUACAUCUUUUCAACUAUGCCAUUGGUUUAUUUUUACAAAAAGUUUAAAUUUUCUUAUCAAAGUCCCUACACUAUUGGCCACUAUUAGCGGUGCUGACUCUAGCCUCUGGUAUGUACGGAAUAUUAAACAUUAAACAAGCUCAACGCUCGAAACAAUCGAUUAAUGUAUCGUGAUCGUGUGAAAUUCGGGAAAGAGAAUUACUUUUAUUUCAGAUUAUGAUCCGGUGAGUCACAAAAUCUGGCAAAUUCCGAAAUCCGGUAUAUUCCGGAUUCCGGAAUCCGGUUGUUCCGGAUACAUGUAAAUCCGGCGGAACCGGAUUUCACCGGAUAGUGCAAAAUCCGGCAGAACCGGAUUCCGGACCGGGGUCCGGCACACCCCUAGCUUUUAGCCACACCAUCAGUUCCAGUCAUUCAACUUUGGUAGGUACAUAUCUCAAUGUUCUAUUUGUAAGCAGCUUUUAGCCACACCAUCAGUUCCAGUCAUUCAACUUUGGUAGGUACAUAUCUCAAUGUUCUAUUUGUAAGCAGCUUUUAGCCACACCAUCAGUUCCAGUCAUUCAACUUUGGUAGGUACAUAUCUCAAUGUUCUAUUUGUAAGCAGCUUUUAGCCACACCAUCAGUUCCAGUCAUUCAACUUUGGUAGGUACAUAUCUCAAUGUUCUAUUUGUAAGCAGCUUUUAGCCACACCAUCAGUUCCAGUCAUUCAACUUUGGUAUGUACAUAUCUCAAUGUUCUAUUGGUACAUACCAGUUUAAGCAGCUUUUAGCCACACCAUCAGUUCCAGUCAUUCAACUUUGGUAUGUACAUAUCUCAAUGUUCUAUUUGUAAGCAGCUUUUAGCCACACCAUCAGUUCGAGUCAUUCAACUUUGGUAUGUACAUAUCUCAAUGUAUUAUUGGUACACUCCAGUUUAAGCAGCUUUUAGCCAUACCAUCAGUUCCAGUCAUUCAACUUUGGUAUGUACAUAUCUCAAUGUUUUAUUGGUACACUCCAGUUUAAGCAGCUUUUAGCCACACCAUCAGUUCCAGUCAUUCAACUUUGGUAUGUACAUAUCUCAAUGUUUUAUUGGUACACUCCAGUUUAAGCAGCUUUUAGCCACACCAUCAGUUCCAGUCAUUCAAAUUUGGUAUGUACAUAUCUCAAUGUUCUAUUUGUAUGACAAUGAAACUAUGUUGCAUGAGAAACAAAGCUGUCCUUGAGAUUGUACUUGUCAUGAAUUAUCAAUGCUUUUUUUUUGUUGACAUAUUGAAAUACAUUCAAUAUUUUCAUCUUGUUGACAUUUUGAAAAACAGAAAUAUUUUUAUCCAAAGUUCUCUAAUGUAAUAUAGUUUGAUUAUUUCUUUGACAUUUUCCAGGGAGGAACAGCUUGUCUCUGUAAUCAGUGGUAAAAUUACAUCACAGUCUGUAAAUUUCUUCAAAAUGUUGAGAAUUGGGUAUGUGAUACAUUUUUGGUGUUAGUUUAGAUUUCUUAUUUUUUUACUGCAUCAGGUACUAAACUUAAACAUACUAUUAGUCUCUAGAGCUUAAGUUUAUUAACUGGAAAGUUUUACCCAUAAUUUCCUUUCUAUUUAACUCUGGCCUGUUUCAAUAAUAUUUAUAAAAUACUUUCAGACAGUUUAUUGUAACUUGGAGUUUGAAAGGAGUCUACGUAUUUGAUCCUAUAAAUGUCAAGGUUGUUGUGUGGACAGAAAGUUUUAAAGGUAAAAAAACUAUAAUAUUGCCAGACUUCUUUAACAAUGUGAAAAAUUAAAAUUGUUAAUUUUAUUUUAAAAAAUCAAAAUUUAGCAAGACCUCUAUGUACAUUUGAUUUUGUUUGAUUUGUUUUGUUGCCAAGCAAAUAUCCACUACCUCACGGGUUAAAUUUUACAUUAUUUAUAUUAAGCUUUCCAAAUAACAUUGUUAACAUAUUUUUCAGGUAUAAAAGACAUUUCUGUUAUCAACAAUGACAUUUACCUGUUUCUGGACAAGACAGAAGUCCACAAGCUGUCCUUAUUACCUGUCUAUCAGCUGUUCACAGUGUUGUCCUUGCGCAAAAGGUGGUCAUUGAUGUCCUGCUUGCUCCUCUCAGCUGACCUAAUUAACAUUCGGCCAGCCAUUAUGAAACGGGUCAACCAAGAUUUGCUGCAGACUCUUUUGGCAGGUGAAACUAAGCUGGAAUGUUUUUUAGAAAUUAUAAUCUCAUUUUAAAUUUAUUUUUUUAUAGAUGUGAUUUUUAUUAUACCCUCAAUGAAACGAUUUCAUUGGCUAUUUUAUAAAAUUGUUAAAAACACAAAAGAUCCAAAUUAAAUAUUUUAUUCCAUCAGGAGAUUUAUUAAAAGUUACUUGUCUUUAAGAAGCAAUGAAGUUUUUUGUUUCUCUUUGAUCAUAAUGGAAACUUCUUGAGGACUAUUUCAAAAACAUUUAUUACUAAAGGCAGUGUUUUUUUUUUAUUUAUUUUUUUUUUUACAAGGUCUAAAAGAGGAAGGUAAAUUGGACAUGGUGGAAAAAGUGCAAGCAUCCAUGGAAGAUUUGAGUGAAGGUUCCAUUGAAUCUCUCAGUGCAUGUGAUGACUUUAUGGAUACUGGAGAGUUCAUGGGGUACACAUACCUGCCCUCUGGCAUGGUUGUGGUCAGUGAAGGUGUUCAGAUACGUGAUUUCAAGCCAAGAACUGGUGAUAAGUCUGAUAUGGUUCAGAAAACUGCUGAAACAUUUGAGCCCCAAAAUGUUGGCAUAGAUAGAGUAUACACUCAAAAGUAUGACAGUGAGGUGGAUACAGACAAUAAUAAAAAAGAAGAAGCAGAAAACAUGGUGGAAGAAAACAAUGAAAGUAUUGUUUUUUCUUCGAGACAACUAACAGAAGAAAAUGAGCACAUUGUUGCUGAUCUCGUUGUAGAUUGCGAAGUUAAAAAUAGUGAUUGCACAAAUGAACACGAUGUACAAGAAAAUUUGCAGCAGAAAGGGCAGAACAAAAUAUUCCUCACUAAAGAUACUCCAAUCCGUAGUAGCUCUGUUAGUGUGAAUGAACUUGGGAUUACUGACAGAGAGCUUGCCUCAAGUGACCUUGACAUGAGAGAUUGCACAUUUUCUUCCAAUGAAUCUGAU